UUGAGUCUCUUAAACUAGCCAUCAAGUAAACCAAAUCUAAGUUGUUUACAUCUUGCUUUACGAACAAACAUUAGCUAUUGCAAAUCAAGUACCUCUGGACAGGUGUUAUUACCCUCACUUGGUGAAGCCGCUUGUUAUGGAUCUUAAACUACGUACACCGCAAAGCAGAGCUCUGAGUGCCGGCCCCUCAGCCCAAACGCAUCGGCUAGACUUUCACGUGUGUAGACUACAGCAGGAAAGGAUUCUGGAGGACGCAUUUCAGAGUGAAGUAGCAUGGAUGCCGUCAGCCAGGUCCCCAUGGAGGCUGUGCUCCCCAAGCACAUCCUGGCUAUCUGGGUCAUUGUCCUCAUCAUCCUGGCCAUCAUGGUCAUCAUGACCUCCUUAUUGCUGUGCCUGGUCACUGCGAUCAUUAUCUGUCACAUGCAAACUUAUUCUGUCCUCAAUGGGACUGAGAAUCUCCCAAGAGGGGCAGUGAGGGAUGUGGGUGGUGUCCCCUCCCCCAGCCUCUUCCUUCUCAGAAAAGCGACGGACGGGCUUUGCCGUGUGGACUCGGGAGCUUGACACGUGAGAGGAGAUCUGAGCUCUUGUUUGGAUUUUGCCACUGGCCGGCUGUGUGAGUUCAGUCAAGGGACCUAAUUCUGUGGGUUCCGGGUUCCUUUUAAAUGGGGAUCAUGAUCUCUGCCUCUCCUGCCUCAUGGGGUUGUAAGAACCAAUGGUUUGGUGGAGGUUAAAGCUGUUUGCGACUGUGAGCAGCAAACCCACCGCAGAUACACAGGUGUUACUGCUGAAUGCUGAGAAGCUUUGAAGAGCCAAACAACCUAAUUACUGAUGGUGGACUUCAAGGUGGUGAGGGAGACACUGGGGGCAGAGCAGCCUUUGCCAGCGCCCCUGCGGUCAAACCAAGCAAAGGCACCCUAUCCUCAUUCCAAGGGGCCGGCAGCACUUGGGCUCAGAGUUAUUUUCUUUGUGGUGCCCCUCCCUCACGUUAUGUAAUUUGGAGGGAAUUACCCAUGGCAGGGGAGGGAGAUGGGUAGAACUUCCCAGGACUUCUGUGCCAGAAUGUCUACAAUCAGGAGGAGGGCUCUGCCAUUUCUUGGCCACGCAAGAGACCUGGGGUGAUGGGCUUCUUUCUGCAUUGGAGUCUCAUCGCUUUGAUAGUUGAGCAAUGUGGGAAAACACACGGUGGCUGAGUUCCCUGGCCAGCUUUCACGAUCUCCAGCCCCCACCCCCUUGUGUGCCCCACACUUGAGGAGCUCUGUCCCCCCACCCCAGUACCUGCUAUAUCAGCUCUGUGGUAUAAAGUGCACGCCCUUCAUUCCCUCCCACCAGCACUGCAGCCAAUCUAAGCUACAGAUUUUAAGAGAUGUUCCAGGGGGUUUCGGAACUAACUUAAAACAAUGAUGGUUGUUUAGAUGCUAUGAUCUAUAUUUAUAGAGAGAGAUUUCUGGACUGCUCAAGCUUUUGACCAAAAUCAGAAACAUCUUGGGACUUACUAAAUUAUGUAACAGCACAGACAUCAGAAUAUUGUGUGCAAGUAAUGCUUUUACUUUGGUCUGAUUUCAUUUAUGUACACAGCCAAUUUCCAAUAAAGUGCUAGAAUGAGAAAACAAACAAAUUAAGUACCUCUGACAUCUGUCUGAUCUCUUUCGAAAAGAUGUGUUAGGGCCCCCGGGUGGCUCAGUCUGUUAAGUGGCUGAC